ACAACUGCGGUGCUUUGACGUAAGUAUCAUCUGUGGAAGCCUAUAGUGAUAGCGCGGCCCCUUGGAGCCUGCUGGUCGCGCUGCUCACGGUAAGCACGCGUCCACAAGUGGCUUCGGCUGGCUGUCUGGGCAGAUUUCCGUAGCGGCGACCGCACCACAGGGCUGCCUAUGCGCAUAUCAUGCGGAAGUAUCGGGGGCCAGCCAAAGAGCAGUCGCCAGGGGCAGUCGCGCGGCGCAUUUUGGUAGCGGCACGCCUCGCGGCGCGAAACCCCCCGACUUCGGGGAGGUCGCGCGCUGGAGCCCUGCUAGCUUUUACAGUUUUCAAACGCUGGGGCCGUGUCAGGUGCUAUACCUAUCAUGUAUCAUCCGGCGGAACAGCAUUUAGCAGGGUGCGCGGGUCUCAGUCUCUGAUCGGCUGGUCGCAGGGCUUUCCCGCGACAUCAACCGGCGUUGCCAACAUAUAUAUGCGGUUUCUGCUUUGCGCCCGCGUGUUUUGGGGAUCUUGUACCUAAAUGUCCAUUGUAGGCUUGAAAGGAUGUUGAAAGGCAUCGACCCUAGUCGGCCUGGCGUGCAUGCACUGGCAUGUGAUGCCGCGGCUCAGAGGGGUACGCGAUUUGCUGGUUAUGUAGCAUGGGCCGUGGUAAUACACGUCAGGGACCGGAUUACGUUUUCGGGCAAGGUUUUACUCUUGUCUUUGGGAAGCAAUCUCUGAUCGGCUGCACUGGACCGGUGAAAAGAGGCGUGGGUUGGGCCCGCGGCCGUACAGAAUCGCGCCUGGUAGCAAUAACAACGAUGACAGGACUUGCCCUUCCCUCCGCCAACCACUGUGUGUGCGCGGCCUUCCUCCUGCAGGCCUGGCUGCUCUGCCUGGACGUGUGCCGGCACCACCGGCACAUCAGCGUCGCCCGUACAGACUCACCCCGGCAGCUGAAGCACUUCGUGGAAGAGAAGAACCCGAGCCAGGCAUCGUUGCGCGCUCGGUUCUGGCUCAUUGUGGCAUUGUAUGAAGCUCCUCUCUCCUCUCUCCCGGCGCUUCUUAGUGCCACAUACUACAUCUCGGCAUAGACUCUUCUUCUCUACCUUGGUUCUCAAAGGCAAGUAUCAUGCGUACUGGUGAUUCUGGUGAUACUGGUUUGUAGCUUUUACCAGCUUACAGCAGCACCACAAACCGUAGCCGUGAAGGGAGCGGGCGCAGGUGCUGUGGGCACUUGCGAGCAGGUGGUAGGGCCGUAGGGCCUUACUGAUAGGACAAGAGUUUAGCCAGGUAGACGUGUGGACUGGUGGCACGCAUGAAGUCCGGAGUGCAUGGCAAGGAGGCAUCGGGCAUGCGGGGCUUUGCAAGGGAAUGUCGAGGGACAGACGGCGACACAGGGCGAAGUGCUAGGGGAGAGCAUGGGAUGCAACUGCCACUCCUGCACGUAACCGUGUGGAGUCAACUGCACCAGGAAGCGGGCCUGGCCGCGUGGGCUGGCAACCAUGUAUCUAUAAACGAGUCUUUAUAUAUUGUGUUGCCAUUGUGUCGGCAAAGGGGAGUAGCGGGACGCGAGAGCGGGAGUGGGGCCGGCGACCGCUGCCUAGCCUGUGCAUGGCCCUGUGCAAGAUGUCCACGGAGACCACAGACCCCGAGACACCAGCAGACACGCACCAAAACCCCUGAAUAUGGACACUCAUAUGCCCCAUUGGCUCUGGCCGGCGCCGCUCGGUUCGGUGAGCUUCGGAAGGGCACCAAAGCCGGGCAUCGCCGCGAGGGGUCCUUCAGGCCAGGGCCAGGGGGCCGGCGACACGGCGCGUGCCCCAUUUUAGGCCGCACAUCAAUUGAACUAACAGCAGAAACGUGUACGCGCAGGAAGCACGAAACAGGAAUUUCAUUUCACGCGUGUGAAGAGUGCGAAAUGUCGCGAUGGUCGAGGUCCUGGCAAGCGGCCUCUCGGGCCGAGACCAAUUUAUAUGGUUCCAUUGGAGUCCAAGUUACAGUUUCAAUGACUCGGGAGCCUGGGAAAGGGGGUCCGAACACUACU